UGCCCAUAAUCAGGUUGAUAAGCUACAAUAUAAAUAAGGCAGGAUCCUGUUCCUGAAACCUAGCAUGAAGCAUUUUUGCUGUCUUCUUUCCUCCUAAGCAUUUUCACGGGACAUUUGGAAACAACUAAUUGUCCCACACUAAAAGAAACGCUGUUUCUAGAAAGUCAAACAAAAUGGGUUUGCUGAAUUCUAAGAACCCGAAGGUCAAGCACGCCCAGAUUCUGCUUCUGGGACUAGACUCUGCUGGGAAGUCCACUCUUCUUUACAAACUGAAGUUUGCUAACGACAUCAUCACCAUCCCAACCAUAGGUUUUAACGUGGAGAUGAUCGAAUUGGAGAAGAGCUUCUCGUUGACAGUCUGGGACGUUGGAGGACAGGAGAAGAUGAGAAGCACCUGGAGUGACUUCUGUGAGAACUCCGAUGGGCUGGUGUACGUGGUGGACAGCUCGGACAAACGGCGCCUGGACAAGUCCCGGAGAGAGUUUGAGCGCAUUCUGAAGAAUGAACACAUUAAACAUGUGCCUGUUGUCCUGUUAGCCAACAAACAGGACGUGCCUGGAGCGCUGAGUGCCGAGGACAUCACGAGGAUGUUCAAGGUGAAGAAGCUGUGCAGUGACCGGAACUGGUACGUGCAGCCCUGCUGUGCGGUCACUGGCGAAGGGCUGGCAGAGGGGUUCAGGAAAGUAACGGCAUUUGUGAAAAACCACCUGAAAUCGGGAGACACGCUUACGUUCUUCAACCAGAAAUGA